GAGCAAGAGGGACGAUAGCUAGGGUCGGCAAUGGUUUCGAACGUUAGCAAGGGCACAUACGGCAAUGGCAUGAGAACAAGCAGUGGGUUGCAUGUUUUGAUUCCAGGAAGGAAAGAUAAAUGGGGGAAAAGGUUUGGGUUUGCUCAAAUCAAAGGGGUGAGGGUCAAGGUUGCUGAUGACCAGGAUCAAAGACUAUCAGGAAAUAGGAAUAUAGAUGAAAGGAUAAGUCCGAUCAAAAUGCAAGGAUUUGUUCAUCCAAGAAUGUCAUAUGCCCAAGCGGUGUUGGGAAUCUUCGGUAAGGUUGAAGAGGUCAAUGAGGGUGUAAGGUUUCCUGACAUGAAAGAGAAGAGAGACGGAGGAAAUCGUGGAGAAUGAGGUGAAAGGUGUGGGUGCUAAAAAGGGUGAGGAUAAAGAAGAAUAGACUCAGGAGGAGAUUAUUGAAGUUUCUCCUUAAAAAGAGGAAAUGAAGUGGCUUGAUGGGAGUCUGGUUGUAGUGGUUAAGUCGAUGGCGUUGAUAACUGGGAUUUAAGAAAAAGUUGAUGUGGAU